AUGGUAGAUGAGUUCUAUCAGUACUUGAAGAAUUACGAAAGGAACUGUCUCCCUGUGGAGAUGUUGAACAGCGAUACCCUGAAAAAAGUGGAGAUUUAUAGUAACAUACUUAAAGUGAUCUGUUGCUUCAACAUGGUCUGCGCUACAGUUGCAGCCCUGGGCUUCAUAACUGCACCAGAGUACUUCAACGAGAAGACCUAUUUAUCGGUGUGGAUUCAGCAAACAUUUCCUGAAUAUUCCAAUUUUAUGCUUUUGGUGGUUCAUUGGACCAGUUUACCUGUUGCUCUUGUUAUGGCUGGUACUUCCAUAACUUGGGCAUACGCGGGAGGCAAUGCUAUGUUUCAGGUGUACAUAUUCAUAGAAAUGCUAAAAGGAAUUUCCAAAACGACUAUCCCACAAAAGAUGAGACGAGACUCAGAAGUUUACCAAUCACUUAUCAGGCAGAAGUUGAUCAUGUCCAUAAUGGCUUUCGAGCUCAUAGUUAAAUACCAAGAUAUUGCUUGCGAUAUACUAGAAGCCCCUUUGCUGCUGUUUUCUGUUGGAAGUAUUAUUUUGGGAGGGUCACUGAUGAUUGAAUUUCUCAGCAAUCAAGAGCAGAACUUUGGAGAUCAGUACGCGAUAUAUGUUGGUAUAUUCUUUUUUGCCUUAGCUGGGAUAAUUUCAGCCAAUCUGUAUAUUUUGUUCGGACAAGCCAUUAAAGAUGAGUCCGAAAAUUGUAAUUCCCUACUGAGACAACUUCCUUGGUACGACAUGAAUAAGGAAAAUAAAACAAUUUAUUCGAUUUUCCUAAGAAGAACCGAAAAAUCUCUAUUGGUUUCUAAUAGUCUGCUUCAGAUAGAUUAUUCUCUUCUUGUCAGAAUUGUGAAAACACUGUACUCUCUUGCUGCUAUUUUAGCGCAGUUCGUUUCAUCUAAUGGACCUACUGAUAAUAAUUAA